AUGGCCCGUCGUACUACCUCAAAGUACGAUGCGCACUGCCUUCUAAUACUCCCUGAAAAUAUCUCCCACCUUUUGCUUGCCUCCUAUGACUACAUUGUAAUCGGCGGCGGCGUUGCUGGCCUUGUGGUUGCCAACAGACUGAGCGAGAACCCGGAUGUUACGGUUCUUGUCCUUGAGGCAGGAGAAUUAGACUCGUCUGCAGACAUCGUCACGGUGCCGGGACUGAAAUUUCUCGACGGCCGCGUUCGGGACUACGGACAGGGCCAUGUGGUUGGCGGUGGCAGCAUUCUCCACGGCAUGGCCAUGACCCGCGGUUCCCGGGCCGAUUACGAUGCCUGGGAAGACCUUGGAAAUCCCGGCUGGGGAUGGGAAGGCCUGCUCCCCUACUUUGAAAAGAGCGAGACUUUCACUCCCCUUAUAACCCCUGAUCUGCCCAUCGAGCCGGAGAUGUCAUUCCACGGGAACAUGGGGCCUUUGUCAGUCAUCUAUCCCAACUUUUUCUAUAAUCAGACCACAAACUUCCUCCGCGGCGCCGCCGAGCUGGGGCUGCCCAUCAUCCACGAUCCGAACACGGGCAUCAUGGCAGGUGCCAUGGUUAUGCCGGCGACCAUGUCAGCCACCAACCAGUCGAGGGCCGACGGCAGGAGGUCGUAUUUGGAUCCCGUGCUCGACCGCCCAAACCUACACCUGGCCGUGCAGCAGACCGUUAACAGUAUUCACCUCAUCUCCAAAGCAUCGACGCCCCGGGCCUCCCCGCGGGGUAACGUGGUCUGCAAGCAGGAUGUCAUCCUCGCCGCGGGAGCCGUCAUCUCUCCGGCCCUGCUGCAAGUAUUCGGCAUUGGCCCUGCGGCUGUCUUGCAGGACCUCAAUGUCACCAACCUCCAGGAUCACGCCUUUGUCGGGGCAUUCUACAACUACACCGCGCCGGGCUUGUUUUCAGCCAACAAUCUCACAGGAAACACCCUCCACCAUGCCCAGGACGAGUAUUACACCAACCGCACAGGCCCAUGGACAGCACCACUAAUCUCCACCGCCGCCUUCCCGUUCCUAACCUACCUCCUAACUAUCACACCUAACAGCACCACCCUACCCCUCCUCAACCUCUCCAUCCCCCUUUCUACCUCCUACCUCCUAUCUCUCCCAUUGGGAAGGAGACACCCAACAAUCGAAGCAGGCUACUCCCUUCAACUAUCCCAACUCCAAACCCUCCUCUGGCACUCCGAAACCCCAGCGAUAGAAAUCAUGGCCGAGUCGAUCGGAACACUGGCCGUGGCCAUGCAGCGUCCCUUCAGCCGGGGCACCGUUCAGGCGCUGUCACACGACCUGUUAAUGUCACCCACUGCCCGACUGGCAACCAACAUCCGCCUCGACCCGCGGUACUGCGCCCACCCCGCCGACUGCGCUCUCCUCCUCGACGGUCUGCGCUUCAACGCCCGCUUGCUGACUACCCAGGCUAUGACCGAGCUGAUGCCGCGCCCGCCCGCGCCGUGGGAUUUCUUGACACCGGGUCCAGAUGGGCUUGAGGCCGUGGAGGAGGCCAUCCGCCAACGGCUGCAGACCGAGUUCCACCUGUCUGGCACCACCAGCAUGCUGCCGCUCGAGCUGGGCGGCGUCGUGGACCCCCGGCUGCUGGUGUACGGCACGGCCAAUCUGCGGGUUGUUGAUGCGGGCGUCAUCCCGCUGAUUCCUGCGGCCCAUCUGCAGGCUGCUGUGUAUGCUAUUGCUGAGAAGGCGGCCGAUUUGAUCAAGGAAGACAGGAACAAGCGCAACUAUCGUAGGAAAGGGUAG